AUGGCGGCCCCUGGGUACAUCGACGACGACGACCUCAGCGCGUCCAUGCGGCCGCAGUCCGUCCCGUCGUGGAUGGCGGAGCUCAAGGGCACGGAGCGCAUGCCGGGGGUGCCGAGCCUGCCGCCGCGGGCGCUCAACGCGGACCACCUCGUGGCGCUGGACCCGCGGAGCGUGGAGCCGAGCCUGGAGCACAGCCGGCCCCGGGCGCCCAUCGUCGGCGCCCACCAGGACGUCACGUCCUGGCACGGCGGCGUGCGGAGCGGGGCGGCCCCCGCGGCCGCGGCGGGGGCGUCGGGCGGCCGGCGGCGGCCGCGGCGGCAGCGCGCGGGCGGCGCGCGCGAGGGCGCGGCCGGCCUCGCCGUGUCGCGGGCGAAGCGCGGCGGCGAGCGGAGCCUGACGGAGUCCUGGGAGUCGCUGCGCUUCUUCAGCCAGCACAACCUCGGCCGGCGCCUCGACGUCGACGUCGCGGGCAGCCUCGGCGGGUCGCCGAGCGACAACGUGCACUUCGUCAACGUCGACGAGGACGAGCUCAGCGCCUGCGACGAGGCGCCGUCCGUCGAUGACGGCGACGACUCCUACGCCCCGGGCAUCGUCGACGACGGCCUCAGCUACGACGCGCGGUCCGCCCCCGGCACGCGGAGCGGCCCGCCGCCGGCGCUCUUCGACCACCGGGAGCCGCUGGAGACGGCCGACGGGUCCUGCAUCGCCGCGCCGUCGACGCUCUUCAUCAUCCCCGAGCUGCCGACGGGCCGCGAGCUCACGCUGAACAUCCUGUCGACGUGGGGCGACCCCUACUACGUGGGCCUCAUGGGCGUCGAGGUCUUCGACGGCCACGGCCACCUCGUCGUGCUGCCGCCCGAGGCGAUCUGGGCGGACCCGCCGGACAUCAACGUGCUGCCGGACAGCGACGGCGACGACCCGCGGACCGUGGACAAGCUCCUGGACGGCGUGAACCACACGGGCGACGACCUGCACGCGUGGCUCGCGCCCUUCCGGCGGGGCGAGAACCACUACGUGGGGUUACGCUUCGAGACGCCCGUGACCAUGUCCAUGAUCCGCGUCUGGAACUACAACAAGAGCCGCAUCCACUCGUACCGCGGCGCGCGCUACGUCGAGAUGAAGCUCGGCGGCCAGGACAUCUUCAAGGGCGAGAUCCAGCGGGCCGUGGGCACGGGCGCCAAGGCGGACAUCGAGGACUGCUCGGAGUGCAUCUUAUUCACGACCUCCGAGACGACGCUGCGCCUCAUCGAGAAGUACGACAAGGCGCUCCGCGAGUCGACGGCGGCCGCGGCGCCGGGCUUGGCGGACGGCCUCGGCGAGGGCCACCACUACGCGCCGGGCCCGACGGGCUCCGCGAGCCGGUCGCGGCUCCUGAGCAGCGGGAGCCGCGACAAGGAGCCCGGCGUCGCCAUGAACACGUGGACGCCCGUCGUCGCGGGCGGCGGCGGCGGCGACGAGCCCGCGCGGCCGCGGACUUCGUGCGGCACGCGCGCGCGGUCCCAAGAACAGCGCGGCGAGCGGACGAAGCUGCGCUGGGAGGUCGACGUCGCGCCGGCGCCCGGUGGCGUUUCGCGCGCGGGCGACGCGUCGCUGAGCGGCUCCGACGUCGAGUUCCCGGACCUCGACUCGCUCGACGGGCGGCCCGCGAACCAGUUCUCGCGGAGCUUCGGCCCGGGCGCGACGUGGCAGCUCGAGGGCGUGCGCGGCGGCCGGGGCGGCGGCGGCGCGUUGAAUUUGGUGGGCAAGUCGAAGCCCCUGAGCCACCGCGGCGGCCAGGAGGCGCGCGCGGAGGACGCGGCGCCGCCGGGCUCCGCGGUGAAGAUGCGGCCCCGGCCGUCGACGGCGCCGAUAGAUCGGCGCAGCGAGCUCCCGAGCGGGCGCCACCUCGAGUUGGUCGUCUUGUCGAACUGGGGCGACCAGACCGCCGUGGGGCUCAGCGGCCUGGAGGUGCUCAACGAGAACUUCUCCGACUUCACGCGCGAUUGCGGCGGGCCGGCGCUCCGGGGCGUGCGGCGCGCGUCGCCGCCGAGCUCGCCGACGUUCUGCGGUCUGGGGCCCGCGCGCUUCGACGACGACGACGACGACCUCGCGGACGCGGCCGACGUCGCCGGCGACGAGCCGCCCGCGGACGGCCGCGCGGCGCUCGAUAGGCUCACGCGGCUGCCGCACGUGACGACGCGCGGCGACGCCAUGUGGCUGCUGCCGCUGGCGCUGUGCCGGGGCGCCGACGCGCCCCUGUCCCUCGCCAUCGACCUCGGCUGCCACCGGACGCUCGGCGCGCUCAAGGUCUGGAACUACAACGCGUCGCUCGAGGCCGCGCUCGAGGACUCGUACUGCGGCGUCAAGCGCAUGGCCGUCUACCUCGACGGCGUGCCGCUGAGCCCGCCGGAGGGGUUCCUCAUCCGCAAGGCGCCGGGGAACGAUAGCUUCGACUUCGGCCAGUUCAUCCACGUGCAGGAGCACCCGACGUCGCCCGCGGUGCAGUCGCUCGCGGCGCAGACGCCGUCCAAGGCCCACUUCGCGGCCCUGCGCGGGUCCCCGGGCAAGAACCCGCGCGUGACGUCGGCGCGCCGCGCGCACGCGGGCGACGACGUCGGCGUGCCGCCGGAGCUGCCGCCGUCGCCGAGCCGCGCGGAAUCGGGCCGCGCGGCCGACGGCCGCGCGGUCUACGCGAAGGAGCCCGCGCGGACGCCCGCGCGGGACGCGGUAAUGCUCGACAUCCCGACGUCCGCGUCCUACCAGUCCCUGAGCUCCGAGUACAGCGACGGCGACGGCGACGACGCGAACUUUCUGCUCGAGAGCAUGGACGCGCUCGGCCGGUCGUCGGGCGGCGCCGCGUCCGCGCCGUCCGCGCCGCGCGGCGUCUGCCUCCGGCCCCAGCAGUACGAGACGCCGCUCUACCCCUGCGGCUGCAUCUUCAAGUUCGUGCUCCUGUCGACGCACGGCGACCCCUUCUACGUGGGCCUCUCCGGCGUCGAGCUCGCCGACGCCGACGGCCGGCCGAUCACGCUCGACGCCGACGACAUCCACGCGGAGCCCCGCGACAUCAACGCGCUGCCGGAGAUGGAGGGCCGCGCGCCGGACACGCGCACGCUCGACAAGCUCGCGGACGGCGUCAACAACACGCACGACGGCGCCCACUGCUGGCUCGCGCCCUUUGUCGGCGGCACGAACGCGAUCUUCGUCUGCUUCGACGAGCCCGUGGCCAUCUCCUACGCGACGCUCUGGAACUACGCCAAGACGCCCAAGCGCGGCGCGCGCGAGAUCGAGAUCUUCGUCGACGACGUUUUGGUGUACCGCGGCGUGCUCAAGAUGGCGCCGCCGCCGCCGCCGCCCCAGAUCGCGCCGAAGAUGGACCCGCCGUCGUCGACGCACCACGCGCCGCGCCGCGGCGCGCGGCGCCGCUCCGACGCGCGCGCGGCCGCGGCCGCGGAGCCCCUCGACUUUGGGCAGACGGUCCUCUUCACGAACCAGGCCCACAUCGUCGACGCGCAGCGGCACCGCGUCUACACGGCCGCGGACCUCCCGGGCGAGCUCGACGUCCUCUUCAUCGACGAGGGCGAGGUCCGCGAGAGCCUCGUCCGCCCGACGACGGCGGUCGUGAGUUCCUAAGAUCCGGGGUUCGGG